GCAGCGCGUUGUGUGUGUUUAGAGUCGCUGCUAACUCUCCAUCUCUCAGCACAGCCUCUUUUACGUCCCAGUUUAUCAGCUCGACUCUACCAGUUUCUUUUUGGCUGUGCAGGACCUCUGGGAUUCUCGAAUCGGUUCCUCGGCCUUCAUCAUCAUCAUGCCAGCCGCACUUGCAGAUACCAGUCAAAUUAUCUGCGAGGUCUGGGCCAGCAAUGUGGAGGAGGAGAUGAGGAAGAUCCGACAGAUCAUUCAGAACUACAACUACAUUGCCAUGGACACUGAGUUUCCCGGUGUGGUGGUCCGUCCCAUUGGAGAAUUUCGCAGUACUGUUGACUAUCAGUACCAGCUCUUAAGGUGCAACGUGGACCUUUUAAAAAUCAUCCAGCUGGGUUUGACAUUUAUGAAUGAAGAUGGAGACUACCCACCAGGAACCACAACAUGGCAGUUCAACUUCAAGUUUAAUCUGACAGAGGACAUGUACUCGCAGGACUCUAUAGAUCUCCUCCAGAACUCUGGGCUGCAGUUUAAGAAGCACGAGGAGGAAGGAAUCGACACACUUUACUUCGCAGAGCUUCUCAUGACUUCAGGCCUGGUGCUCUGUGAAAAUGUCAAGUGGCUCUCCUUUCACAGCGGGUAUGAUUUUGGAUACCUGGUGAAGCUCCUCACAGACUCUCGGCUGCCAGAGGAAGAACAUGAGUUCUUCCAGAUCUUAAAUCUUUUCUUUCCUGCAAUCUAUGAUGUCAAAUAUCUGAUGAAGAGCUGUAAAAACCUUAAGGGUGGACUUCAGGAGGUGGCGGACCAGCUGGAGCUCAAAAGGAUCGGCAGGCAGCAUCAGGCCGGCUCAGACUCUCUGCUCACUGGAAUGGCUUUCUUCCGCAUGAAAGAGCUGUUUUUUGAAGACAACAUCGAUGAUGCCAAGUACUGCGGGCGACUCUACGGCCUGGGAUCGGGUUCUACUCAAAGUCAGAACGGGAUCUCCAACUCCUCGCAGGAAGAAACCAACAACAAGCACUGACCAAACUCAAGUGGUGACGCACUUGUUUUAAUCCCACCCAAGCAUUGUUCUUUCCUGUCCUUUACAGAGAUGAUUUCAAAUGAUUCAUGCAUUCUAAAGGGAUUUUGGGAAAUGCAAACAAGCUAAUCUCAGAUUGUGUUCUGCUCUGUAGUCCAUCACAGCCACCGUACCGUUCCAGGACUCCAGAUGUGCUUCUCUCUUCCUCUCCUCCCAUCCGCUGCUUUUUUUUUUUUGGAGACAAAUUUUAUCUUUUUGUUUUACAGUAUUAAAACACCAUCGUUUUAAGCAUGGGACCAGCGCUUGUGUAUCGUACUGCUUACGAGACUCCAGGCAUUUUAAUAUGCUCCAGUCCUUUUUAGAAACGUUUUGAUAUUUUCUAGAAAGGCUCAAGGUUUAAUGGUCUCUGAGGUGAGAGGAAACGCCCUCGCCAUUAGUGGAUCACGGGGUUGUGUUUUUAAAAUAUGCCAGCAUGUAAAUAUUAAAAUAUAAACUUUCAAAAGAAGCCGCUAUCUUUAAGCAUUUUUUUCUUCCUAUGAGGAACACAUUUUAGAUUGAGGGUUUUGGAGGCGUCUUUGAGAACACGAGUCCACUGGUCCUAUGUAAUCGUUUUAAAUCUGUUCGUCACAUGAUCGCAACUGUUUUGUGGUACGUGUUUUUAUUGUAUCUGUUGACCGAGGCAGUUAUGUAUUAAAAUGUUUUCUAUUGCUA